AUGCCAGCCCAACAACGCGGCACGCCCGAGCAUGAAGCUACUUGGACCAGUCGUCUGUUGUUUCACUGGGUUUCGGGUCUUCUUUUUACCGGAUUCAAGCGGCCACUCCAGACUCAUGAUAUACCACCAGUCCACUCCGAUCGCAGCACGCACACUUUGAUGCCAGUAGUGCAGCAUGCCUUUGCAAGUCGCCGUCAACGUGGCGAGACCUCCCCCCUAUUCUGGGCCCUAUACGACACAUUCAAGCGCGACUUUUGGAUCGGCGGUGCGUGUCGUGUCGUGGCUGAUGUGCUGCUCGUCAUAAUACCGUACACGCUACGAUAUUUGAUCCAGUUCGCGAUUGACUCGUACAUUUCCGAUCAUCUAGAUGAGCCCGGGCCCCCUAUUUCCCAAGGCAUUGGUCUCCUGAUAGGGAUUGUGGCCAUGCUCAUCUUGCAGUCACUCGCCCACAACACAUAUAUGUGGCGUCUGGGGCUCGUUGGCGGCCGGAUUCGCGCUGUCCUAAUCACAUCCAUCUUUGAAAAAUCGGUCCGGGUGCUGGGGAGGGCGAGAAAAUCGGCAAUACGUCAGGAGGAUGCCCAUGGACAGCCAUACGAACAAGAUAGAAAACAGAGUAGGGAAAACAAUAACCAGGAUUUCUCAACAGGAUAUAUCACUCAGCUUCUGACUGUUGACUCGGCACGCAUUGACAAGGUGGCCAGCGCCGUGCACAUCGUAUGGACAUCUCCGCUAGCGUUGUUAAUUGCCGUUGCACUCUUGAUCGUAAACCUACGGGAAAGCGCCCUGGCCGGUCUGGCCUUACUCAUCGCAGGAUUCGUCGUGCUGAUAACCGGCGUCGGUCUGCUCUUCCAUCAGAGAGAGGCUAUCGACCGAUUCACCCAGAAGCGGAUCGGGCUGACACACGAGGUACUGGGAGCCAUCCGCCUGAUUAAGUGCUUUGGCUGGGAAUCUGGUUUUGCUCGCCUCAUCACUGACGUUCGCCGUGGCGAGUCGCGCCGCCUGCAAGGCUUUCUGGCCGUGCGCACCGCCGUUGGUGCGCUUUCCCAGGCGCUGCCAGUUUUAACAGCCAUGAUUGCGUUUAUCACCUACGCUCUAAAGAACACCGAACUCUCACCGGCUAUUGUAUUUUCCUCCGUCGCGUUGUUCACAAGCUUGCGUAUGCCACUCGUGUACCUGCCUAUCUGUAUUCAGGGCUGUUUUGAUAGCUGGGCUGCCCUGCGACGCAUACAACGGUACCUACUGGCAGAGGAGAUGGAGAAGCCAACUCUGCAGUUGGAUCUUCCUGCGGCAGCGGAGAUCCGGGAAGGCAUAUUUGUCUGGGAUGGGGAGGACGGGAGCGAGGAGACGGGAACACGGGAGUCAGGGGCUAAUAAGGAUGACAAGUCGGUCGUCGUUCCUCUCCCUGUUAGCGAAAAGAUGCUAUCACGGUUCCGCCUGCGUGAUGUAUCACUGACAGUACACCGCGGCGAGCUCCUAGGCGUGGUGGGUGCCGUUGGAUCGGGAAAGACGUCGCUCCUAGCAGCUCUAGCAGGCGACAUGGCUCGAGUAUCUGGUAGUCUUGUCUGGGGCGCAACGCCAGUUGUGUGUCCGCAGCAGCCGUGGAUACAUAACACCACAGUGCGGGAUAACAUAACUUUUGGUCGACCGUUUGAUGAGGCCUGCUAUCAGCAAGUAGUGAAUGCCUGCCAGCUGGGGCGCGAUUUGGCUCGGCUCCCACACGGUGACUCGACGGUGGUUGGCGAGCGUGGGGUUGUGUUAUCUGGAGGUCAGAAGCAGCGUCUCAGCUUGGCGCGUGCGAUCUACUCGGGUGCUGAGUUGGUGCUGCUUGAAGACCCUCUCAGUGCUGUAGAUGCCACUGUCGGCCGGGCUAUGCGCGACGAGGCUCUUUGUGGCCUUAUGUCUGACUCCGCCCGUGUGUUGUGUACCCAUAGCAUAGCUAUGGCCCGGUGUUGUGAUCGCGUCGUUUGGUUGGAUCAGGGUAGAGUCCGUGCAGUGGGCACAUUUGAGCAGCUGUUGGCGCAGGAGCCCGAGUUUACACGCCUCUUCCAUGGAAGUGGGCAUAGCGACGACGAAGAUGAUGACGCAGCGGAGGAAGACGAAGAAGAAAUGGAUGAGAUGAAAAGAGAGGGCCACCCACAUACAAAGAAUCCCGUCGCCGCCAGCGGGGGCAGUGAGAUAAACAACCGACUGAUGCAAGAUGAAGACCAAGCUACCCGGUCCGUGUCCUGGAGUGUCUACGGCUCGCUCAUUGGUCGUACACAUAACGCGAUCCUGUUGGUGCCGCUCAGUCUAGGGCUAUUAGCUCUAGCCCAAGGAAGCACAGUACUGGCGAUGCAAUGGUUGGCAUGGUGGAGCUCGAACCGGUUCCACCUGCCGCGAAACACGUACAUCGCUAUCUAUGUGGCACUCGCCGCUGGCCAAGUAGUGUUUUUGUAUGUGUUCGGGCUUAUGGUUAGUAUCUGCUGCUCGCGCUCCAGCUGGAGGAUGGCAAACCAGGCGGUCCAGCGAGUAUUACGGGCGCCGAUUGUGUUUUUUGAUACAACGCCGUUGGGUCGGCAUAUGAACCGCUUUACGGCGGAUAUUGAGGCCAUGGACUAUGCGCUCCCAGAGUCACUGCGGAUGUUCCUGCUGUCGCUGGGUGGCCUACUAGCUAUGUUCGCACUCAUUAUUUCCUACUUUCAUUGGUUUGCUAUCGGAGUUGGGGCACUCAUCGUUCUUCUUGUCUUCCUAGCUCUGUACUAUCGGGCGUCGGCGCGUGAGAUUAAGCGGCAUGAAUCUGUGCGGAGGUCAUCGGUGAUGGCCAGAUUUGACGAGGGCCUGAUGGGAGCGUCGACGCUGCGGACAUAUGGCAUGGAGAAGGUAUUCUCAGAGGCGCUGCGUGAUGUUGUGAACGACAUGGUCAGCGCGUCCUGGACAUCUAUUGCCAUGCAGCGGUGGCUAAGUCUGCGCCAGGACGCAGGGACUGUGUUGCUCGUGGUAGUAAUGGGUAUUCUGGUGCUGGUGGAACGCCGCAGUCGUAACCCGGCGGAGACGGGCUUGUCACUGAGCAUGAUGCUCAACUCGGUACAGAUAAUUCAGGUAGUGGUGCGCGAGUGGGCGGAUGUUGAGAGCGCCAUGAACUCCACAGAACGGCUUCAUACUUAUGCCCAUAUGCUGCCGCAGGAGAAGGAUCCUAAAGAGAGAGAAGGCCUUCAGACAUCCAUUGCCAACCAGUCUGAUGACACUAUUGAUGUCAACAGUGAGCAGAAGGAGACGAAUGUUACCAUCUCGGACCCAGACUUGAAUAGGUCUUUAUCUGAAAAAGUGCAAAAGGCUGCGGUUGGUGAGAUUCACUUCACAAAUGUGAGUAUGCGCUAUCGCGACGGUCUCCCCGAUGCCUUGCGUGAUAUCAACUUGCAUAUUCAGGCUGGUGAACAUGUCGCCAUUGUCGGUCGUACCGGCGCUGGCAAGUCAUCCAUUGUAAACGCACUCUUCAGGCUGACACCGGCACUGUCUGCUGGAACAAUCAGCAUUGAUGGUAUGGACAUCUCCCAGCUCGGGCUGUCAGAACUUCGUGGAGAUAGCAGGAAUAGCAGCAAUAACAUCCAGGAGAGCAUCCUAUCUAUUAUCCCGCAAGAUGCAACACUCUUUGAGGGUACCAUACGAAGCAACCUUGACCCGUUUGACGCAGUGGCCGACGAUGCACCAUUAUGGGAAGCCCUACGCAUGGCCGGCGGACUAGACAAGACGCUACACCUUAGUGACUCCGUGCAAGAAGGGGGCGGGAAUCUCUCUCUGGGUCAACGCCAGCUGCUGGCGUUGGCCCGUGUACUAGUACGUGAUAGCCGCAUCCUGGUGUGCGAUGAGGCUACCGCUGCACUCGAUGCUGCCAUGGACGAACGUAUCCAGCGUGCUGUGCAAGCAGCCUUUGGGCACAAAACUGUGCUGUACAUCGCGCACCGACUGCGAUCUGUGCUGGGAUAUGACCGGGUGUGCGUGAUGGAGGCAGGGGCAGUGGCAGAAAUAGGAUUACCGCUCGACCUCUUCCGACAGGGAGGAAUAUUCCGGCAGAUGUGUGGCCGGCUGGGGAUUACUGAAUCGCAGGUAGACAGGGCGAGGAGACGGCGUGGGUUAGACGUGACAUCCUGGUCUUCGUCGACACUAUACCUAUAG